CUUCCCUCUAUAAAACCAUGGCUCCCCAACGUUUUAAGCGCUCCAGAAAUCAUUCUCAAAGCCUAUAAAGCAGAAAGAACAGAGAGAAAGACACCGCGUCACCGGCGAACUCAAAGCGAUGGACACCGCUCCCGCUCCCGCUCCCGCUAAGCCGUCCUUGUCCAGGAAGCCCUCGCCGUCGUUCCGCCUCCGCAACGGCAGCCUCAAUGCCCUGCGCCUGCGCCGCGUGUUCGACCUCUUCGACCGCAACGGCGACGGCGAGAUCACCCUCGACGAGAUGGCGGCCGCGCUCGACACGCUCGGCCUCGGCGCCGACCGCGCCAGCCUGGAGGCCACCGUCGGCGCCUACAUCCCGGCCGGCGCCGCUGGGCUCGGCUUCGAGGACUUCGAGGGCCUCCACCGCGCUCUCGGCGACGCGCUCUUCGGCCCCAUCGUCGAGGAGGAGCCCGGCAAGGAGGGCGAGGCCGAGGACGAGGACAUGAAGGAGGCGUUCCGGGUCUUCGACGAGAACGGCGACGGGUUCAUCUCGGCGGCCGAGCUGCAGGCCGUGCUCAAGAAGCUGGGCCUGGCGGAGGCGCGGAACCUGGCGGCGGUGCAGGAGAUGAUCUGCAACGUCGACCGCGACCGCGACGGCCAGGUCGACUUCGGCGAGUUCAAGUGCAUGAUGCAGGGGAUCACCGUGUGGGGAGCUUGACGGCGUCUUCCCUUGGUCCCAUCUCCUGUUUCUCAUGUUCUAAGCAUGGGAGGAUCGGAACGAGGAACAACCACAAGAUCCGUAGAUCGCUUCAGAGUUCAGACCUUAAAAAUGAAAGUCAGUCUUUAGGGUUGUGUAAUUGUGUUGGUUUUUCAGUGCUAGGAAGUUGGUGUGUUCCUUAGAAGCUCAGAAUGCAGCUCCUGGCUUGCAAUUCUAGCGUGUCCUAAUCUGUUCUACUAAGUUUUAUCCUUCGUUCGUGUUACCAUGUAGGUACUGUGCGUCUGAUGUAUGUGCCUUAUAGUCCGAUAAUCUCUUAAUCUCUUGUCAAGACUGUAGAAUGUAUUUGACUUCCCUAAUAUAUUGGCAUAUUUGUUAAUUUCC